AUGUACACAUACUGCUGCCUGGCGCCUGGGCAGGACGUCUGGCCUCUGCUGCAGCACCUCACCUACACCUACCUGCCCGCCCCUCCGCUGCUGCCCCCCAUUCAGGCCCACAACUUCUGCAGCCGGCCCCCGAGCCUGAGCGCGGGCGAGUGGGCGGCUCCGCGGGAAUACCAUUGCUUCCACGCCACGGGCGCGACGCUACUGGUCACGCCGCCCUUGUGGGCCUUUCCGCAGGCCUACGCCGCGGCCCUGCAACCGCCGUUCCCAGCGCCCGGCUACCCAGGGCCGUUGCUGCAGCAGCCCGCAGCUGCGAGGCCGGCGGCGGUCGAGAGCGGGACGCAGUGGCCGGAAGGCGGCAGCCUGCAAGCUGAGCUGCGCUGGGGCCGCGUGGAGCGUGCGCUCGGGCCGGGCCUCGAGCUGCCGGACUUCGUGCGCCGGGAGUUGCGGCGAGCGUACGGCACGUACCCACUCACCGACGUGCGCGUCACCUAUCUCGGCGGCGAGUUCCUGCUGCAGGGCACGCCGCGCGUGCGCGAGCCCGAGUACCGUAUGGGCAGGCGAGUGCUGCGCCGGCCAACCAGCAGCUGCAGCUGCGAGAGCAGCCCCGCGGGGGAAGCGGCGGAGCGCAGCCGCCGGAAGUAG